AACAGAUAUGGGUUGCCCCACCGUUUCCUUAUCAGGGUACGUGUAGUUCCAAACGCCGUUCGCUCUCGCUCUAACGCGGUGAAACAUUAUUUUGAAUUUGAGCGAAUGUAUGAGGGAACCUGCGAGGGCCUGAAUUGCGGAACGCUUGAAUCAGCUGGGUUUUGACGGCCACUUCCACAUACGGCUUAACGAAAAACACAAGACCACCAUGCCGAGAAAAGUCCCGUACCGGGACUUUCCCGGUGGUCCAAUCGGAAUAGAGUUCUCUGAUGAGCUGCCGCACUGGAACUUGUGCGGAAUCUGCGGAAUGUUGUCAGCGUUUAUGAGCAGGGAUGAACUGGGACACAUCUUCUGCAAAGUCUGCGUGGACGCCCACCAUCAGAACAAGCGCAUCUUCUGCAAGCAUGAAAAUCGUUUCGUUGAACUGGCGGACCUAUACGCAGCCGUUGAGGUUAUCCAGUUUACGCACGACCUGACUGUGUUUUGCCCGUACAAAAAACUCGGAUGCACCGAAUACCGUCCUCUGCGUUUCAUGAAGAAACACCUCGUGGAGUGUCCCAUGACUACUGUCACGAGAUGCAAAGCAUGCGACGCGCUGUUGCCGAUCAAAGACCACCCGGACCACAAGGCACUCUGCCCUGAGGCACACGUCCUGUGCAAUACAUGUGUUCGAGGAAUGCCUAGAAGGAAGUACAAGGACCAUCGAAAUCAAUGCCAACGUCGCCCAGAGCCUUCACACCAAGAAGAAAAUCCAACAUCAAUAAACGUCGCAUUGCAGGAAGUUGAAAGUCGCCCUGGACAUGAAGCUUGCACGGGACAGCGCACGCCAGUUCAUUGUAGAGGCGAUCAGACUGGCCGGGCGAUCGAAGACAAUACGGCGAUACAGCAGGCUUUUUUGCAGGAGGCAUGGGAAGAGAUCUUGAACCUCCAAGAAAGAAUAGCAGAAAUGGAGCAGCGUAAACGUGAAGACGACCAGUCUCGCUCGUGCUUGGAAGUGUGCAUUGCAGACCAGGAUAAAUUGCUGCAGGACUACAUGGAAAAGAAUAAGAAACUUGAGCAAAAAAUCAGGGAAAUGGAGAACCGCCAGCGUGAAGACGACCACUCUCGCUUGAAGAUGCAAGACCACAUUGCGGAACAGGAGAAAUUGCUACAGGAUGUCCUGGAAGAAAAUCUGAAGCUCCAAGAAAAACCUACCGGAUUGGAAGACCAAGUGGAUAUGGCGAAUGAGGUGGCACAACGCUCAAGGGAACCAGCCAUUCAACCAAUGGGACAUGAUCUUUCGAAUCGCAUCAAAACGUACUUCAAUUACGUAACUAAAUCAGUCCGGGGCCUACCGGAGGAAGACUUUCGAUGAGGGAACCAUUUGAAUUGACUAAAUUGCUCAAUUGCA